GCUGUACAGGGAGGUUCUCUUUCAGUUUUCAUACAUGUAAUCACUGAGAUGACAAAACUAGCAGCAUUGGUUUUGUAUUUUUAUUUCAAGCUUGAUAAUAUCCUAAAUGUCACCUUGGUCAGUUUUUGUCUUUUUUUUUUUUUUUUUUUUUUUUUCAUUGGACAGUUGUAAUAUUUGCAAGUUGUGGUCUGUGUAGUCAAAUAAUUCUUUAUGUAGUGCAGGAAAAAGCAUCUUAAGUCAUUUGUAAUUUAUUGGAUUACUUUCUAUGAAGUUCUAUAGAGGAAACUGAGGUUUAAUUAUUUUUAUUAAACAUAUUCUUCUGACUAUCCAUAAAGUGUGCCUUUGCCUGUUACUUUGUCUGGGACCUUGUUCAAGAAAACAUCAGUAUCAGGAACUUUUUUGGCACUUGUCCACCUCAAAUCUGUAACACUCUCUCACUGUUCCACUUCUUCAACUUCAGCUUCACUUUAUUUAAAAUGUAACAUCACUAGAUGAGUCUCUGCACACUUUACAGGUUGAAUAAAACAACAGACACAAUACUGAACAACGUACAGUGUAGAAAUCCAACACACACACACACACACACACACACACAGAGGCAGGGAUAGCAGUUUCAGGUAGAGGGCAAUUGGAUCAUUACCCAAACAGUAAAACUAGAAGAGACCAAAGCACAGAGAAAAAAGAUGAGUUUUCAGCCUGGAUUCAAAAAUCUCCACAGAUCCUGCCCCCCCAAACAUGCAAUAGGAGCUUAUUCCACAGCAAGGGGGCUCUGAGAGCAAAGACUCUACCCCCAAGGGACAUUUUCUUGAAUCUAGGGACAGUUAGAGCGUAGAGGACAUGAUGGAGUAUAUGGAGCAAUAAGGCUGGAUAUGUGGGGGGGGUGGAGGGGGGGGCAAUCCGAUUAAGGCCUUGUAGGUCAGCAGGAGGAUUUUGAAAUCAGCUCUGGCUUGUAUUGGUGGCCGAUGUAAAGACAUUAGGAUAGGACAGAUGUGAAGAUUGUAGCUGCUGCAUUUUGGACCAAUUGAAGACCUCUUGUUGCACUUUUAUACUCCGUCAUAUUUAUCAAACUUAGUUUUCUACACUGGCUUUCACUCAAGUGAGCAGAUCCGGAGGCACUGGAGGCAGCACAGGAAAGAGCCUUGACCUAUGUGCAUAGAAAAGUUAACUUCUUGUUUCUUAGGUUCUCUACAGUAUGAGUUUCAUUCUAUCAGUUCCAGGAAAUAGACCUUCAACUUCCUUGAAUCAAGAGAAUUGAACCCUUAACUGUGGCAGGUGAAGUUGAUUCUCUCUUCCCUCUUGUUUUUUAAUGUGAAGGGGUUUUUUUUGUUUGUUUGUUUUUAAUGAAUAACACCAAUCAAUACUCAGAGUGCAGGUAGCAAAAAGAUAAGUUAUUUAGUUAAUGUCUCCAACUUUCUUUGCCCAGGUAGCUUCUUUUAGAAUGUAUGGCUGUAAUUGGGAAAAUGUCCUUGACAUGUCCACAUUAUCUUAGCAACACUUCACUGGUUAGCAAGCACAUGUUUGUAAGUCCUCCUUUCCUCCUCUUGGUGGUGCUCAGUGGCCUGUGUUCAGUCACCUCCACUGCUGCUCACUGCUUCUUACUGCUACUAGAUACAGUAACAAGUUGGGGCUUGUCUGCAGUGAGAGGCCAGUGGGCUGAACUUCCUCAGCCUGCACAGCAGCAGGUUGACUGCCCUGCCCCACUCUCACCAGCCGGACAUAAUAAAGCAUUAUUAUUAGAUCAGGAAACCCUCGAUCUAGCUGAUGAAAAUUCACCAAAACAUCUCACAAGAGUCAGCAACACCGGUGCACGUUCCUGCUCUGACUCUCAUCCUGUGUGAGUGUGGAGGUCACCAUGGCAACCAAGCCUCAGGGCAACAUGGGAAAGCCAAUGUUUGGCCCCAGUGACAGCCUGAUCGCUGUGUUCAAGCAGUGCAGCAGAGAUCCAACAGAGGCCAUUAAAACAAGACUGAGUCGUAUGUUGCACACAUUCCUUCGACACCACAAGGGCUAUGCAGGACAUGAGAAGACCAACGAGUUGGCAGCAAAGUGCUGCUGUGAGGCUGGGAUCUGGUAUUACAGGAUACUGGAGGUCCUCGUCAAUCAGGAGAUGAAAAGACCAGGUGUCAGAGAUAUCUUAAGCAACCUGGAGAAUGAUCUUUUUCAGUGCUGCCUAGUGGUCUGCUGUCUGGAGAUCACCAUAACCUCAAGUUCUCUACCAUGUGACUUCCCUCUGCUCCUUCAGAUCUUCAAACUAGCAACAUAUCACUUCUGGAAGGUGAUUGAGCCGGUGUUGCGGGCUGAAGUGGGGCUGCCUCACAAUGGGAUCAGGCACCUCCAAGAAGUGGAAGAGAACAUUCUGGAGAGUCUGGCCUGGACUAAGGACUCCCUGUUGUGGCAAGAAAUCAGAGCCAAUGGGGGCCUUCUGCCUACCUGCCAACAGGUGAUGUCUCCUGAACAGCUUGAAGAUCCAAAGAAGACAGACUUGCACCCACCACGAGUGGAUCUAACUGACCCAUCAGAUGUAAACAAGCCUCAGAGAAGCAGCUCCCUCUGUCUGUUUGUUCGCAAGGUUUACAGCUUGACGGCCAAGCGUCUGAGGGAGCUGUGCGCCACACUGGAAAUUUCCGAGGAGCUGCGGUUUAAGAUCUGGACGUGCUUUGAGAACUCCCUGGUGCACCGCACUGACCUCAUGGUCGAUCGACACCUGGACCAACUGCUGAUGUGUGCUAUCUACAUCAUGGCUAAGAUUACCAUGGUUGAGAUACCCUUCAAGCACAUAAUGAAUUGCUACAAGUCUCAGCCAUAUGCCAGCAAAAGUGUCUGCAAAAAUGUGCUGCUUUCACGAGGAGAGACAGAAAAUUGUCCCAUUGGAAACAAUAACAAUAAUGGAGACCACAGAGACAGUAUCCCCACCCCCAACACACCAUCCACACAUUAUCCAGGACCUUGUCAGGAGGAGAGGGGCAAUCUUAUUUAUUUUUACAACCAGGUCUACACAACAGAGAUGAAGCACUUUGUGCAGCAGUUUGCUCUGAACUCUGGGGGAGACACUCCUCCUUUGUCCACAUACCCCAGACGGUGGUAUUCAUCUCCUCGCAGAUGUCGGCUCUCCAGCAGCCACACCAUCUUCAUUUCACCGCUGAACCCGGAAACCUCUCCUCCCCGUACACCCGGACUCAGCUACUACUUCAACUCCAGCCCCUCAGAGCGUCUGCGCGAGAUCAACAACAUGAUCAAGACGGGCAAGUCACCCAACAGGCGAUGCCGUGAGAUAUCGUUGGAUGAAGGGGAGGAGGAGGAGGAGGAGGGAGAAGAUGGCCCUUCAGCCAAGAGGCUUUGUUUGGACGGUCAGUCAGUCUUGCAGAGGCGACUGAGGAACGUGGUGGAUGAUCGCACUCACAGAUGGAACCAGCCCUCUCCAGAUACCAACUCUAACCUGCCCUAGAAGCAUGAUGUGUCACUCUGCUCCAUUAAUAUCAGCUGUUAGAGGAAAAGCACACAGUCUUGUCUUUCUUCACGGUUAUCAUCAUUUAUCCGUUACAUGUUCCUUUGGGCCAAAUUCUUUAUCAGCUAAAGGUAUUCACUGUAUUCAGUCUGAGCUAAAAUUACAUGUUUUUGCUCUUUUGCUUAUCACUUCUUUGACACCAACUGUCCAGGUGUUGUUAUAUACAUAUAAGGCAUUUCAUCCCCAGCUCAGCAGCCAGUAAUAAAAGACUGUGGUCGUCCUGGGCAGCUACCUGGUGGAAGUGUAUGGUGGUGUUUACAUUUGAAGUAGGGCAUGGCUGGAAAGUGCUUGGUUGACAUUCCUUGGAUUAAAAAAAAAGUUAAAAUAAGAAAGGAUGUUACCAAUUGAACUGCAGUUAAACUGGGACAAGCUAGUCUGCCUCUUACAUGGGACAUAUGUCACCAUGGCUUCACCAGGAUCCUUCAUGAAAAGUGAUUCUGAUUAACUAAGUUCUGAAUUAAAGAGGGAAGAUACAAAGUGUUUACUUAGAGCUACUAUAAAACAGUUUUUAAUGCAUUCCUCAUGUUUUAUCCUGCACUGAAGCUUUCCUAAAUGUAUUUAAAGAUUUUAGAUGAGCUAUGUUGAAAACCUAGCAAAACUAGUGUUUUCACUUUCUUGCAGGAAUGAAGGAAAAGGGCAAAAGUGAAACCAGCAUGGAACUUUAUUCCAUGGCACAUGAAGGAUAUAGACAGAUUUGAGAAACUAAACGCAACAUGGAUGAUUUUAUAAAGUAUCGAUCAAAAAUUGCACAGGUUAUUUGUGUUUUUAUUCUAUUUUUGAAAGAAUCUCAUGAACCAAAAUGCUUUCCAUGUAUUCUUCAGUUUUUGAUAAGCAAUCAGUGUUAUAUUAAGAUACAUGUGAACAAUAAAUAUACAUUUGUUAA